GGUCCCUGUGCUGCCUUUUGCUUCGAGAGCACUCACAGGACGUCCUCUCAGGCUUCUCGUCAAUAUCCAGCGUGAUUCGGCGAGAUAAGUCUGCAAGCGACCCGCCAAUUGAAAGCCUUGUGGCGGCCACCCUUCCCACGGGCGCCUAACUAGGUUGUACAAUCGACCGCGUCUCGCGUCCAACUCUCCACUUCGCCUCAUCGACUUCACCCUCAACCUCCGUCCCGCCUACCAUGGCCACGACUCUCUCUGAACGUCAGAAGGAUGAACUACAUAAAUCCAUUGUCGAUUAUCUCAAUUCUGCAGGCUAUACGGAGACGAUGAAGCAAUUCCAAGCAGAGGUUCCAGGCAUGGCCGAUUUCCAGCCGGAUCCUGCGUCCAAGACCUCUGGCAUUCUUGUCAAGAAAUGGACGAGUAUCAUCCGACUGCAGAAGAAGAUUUUGGAUCUUGAAGCAAGACUUAGUCAGGCCUUGGAGGAGACGUCGAAUAUGGUCUCUAUAGGCCCUAGCUCAGUCACCAAACGAACGAACCCAGACUGGCUACCAACAGCAGGGUCAAAGCACACUUUAACAGGCCACCGAGGGAUGGUCAAUGCCGUUGCUUUCCAUCCACUGUACUCUGUACUUGCUUCCGCCUCAGACGACUUCACGAUCAAAAUUUGGGAUUGGGAGACCGGAGAGCUGGAGCGGACGCUGAAGGCGCACACCAAGCGCGUUACGGACUGUCAGUUCGAUUCGAAAGGAAAACAACUUGUAACUUCAUCCUAUGAUCUUUUUAUCAAGUUGUGGAAUGUUGAUAACGCAUAUCACAACUUUGCAACUCUCCGAGGACACGACCAUUCCGUUUCAUCUGCACGCUUUCUACCUGGAGAUACCCACAUUCUGAGCUCCAGCCGUGAUGCCACCGUGCGUAUCUGGGAGAUUUCAACCACACAUUGCAUAAAGGUCUUUACUCCGCAUACCAAAUGGAUUUGUCGAGCAUUGACCAAUACGACUGGACGGUAUAUCGUGACUAGCUCGAUGGACCACACUGCAAAAGUCAUCGAUGCAGAGACGGGUUCGACACGAGCUGAAUUCCGAGGCCACGAUCAUGUCGUCGAAAUAGCUAUGUUCGUACCACCAGGGACCGUCCCAGCGAUAAAGGAGCUUGUCGCUCAAGUACCUGGGGCCCCUGUCCCAGACGCCGAUUCUCUCUCGUUUGCAUACGUCGCGACUGGCUCCCGUGAUCGGACAGUAAGAUUAUGGGACGCGACGCAUGGACAAAUGCUAUGGACCUUCGUCGGACACGACAACUGGGUUCGCGACAUCGUCUUCCACCCUGCCGGCAAACAUAUGAUCACUGCGGCAGACGAUAGCACUUAUCGCAUAUGGGAUCUGAAGACUGGACGGUGUGUGCGGGUGGUGGAGGCGCACGAGCGAUUUGUGUCGUGUAUCGCUUGGGGACGACAGACUGUCAGUGCGGAGUCGUCCAACGGGAAUUCAUCAGAGGGCCCGGCACCAACGAGACUCCUUAACGUGAUAGCUACGGGUGGGAGUGACCAGACGGUGAAGAUCUGGUUGCCAUGAUGAGCUCCAUGCAUUGAUUCGUUGUUAUUCACCGCUCCGGUCUCGAUGUCUCUUCGAUCUCCAGUUUUCGUUGCGGAUUCCCGUGCUCGUCGCUCCCUCAUACCAUUCCUUUCUUGCUGUGCUAUGUAUCCUGCAUCACGAUCAUUUUUUUCUCCUUUUUCAUUUUCACGGAUUGAUUCUCACUAGUAAUAAUUGUACGGUAUCUCGCCAGAGCCUGAGCACACGGAAACCUACUUCGGCAUAAUGAUGCUGUGUUACUAUAUCUAUAUGGUCGGCAGUCGUCAUUGUUUGUCAGAUUUUUGGGUGAAAU